AUGAAGAUUGCCGAGUACCGGACUCCUAAGCGCGCGCCACACACCUCUAUUCCCAUUCUGGUCAGCUCGCGCCACAAUCACAUCUCUCUCACCGCCCAGUGCUGGGUGCUCCAGCCACCAAGACUCCAAGAGUCCAAACAGGAAGAUUCUCAGACCUUCUCAAUUACCAAUUGCCUACACUACAGUCCACGCUGGCACGCAGGGCAUUGGCACAUUGCUGGUUCAACAAUCUUAUGCACACGCGCCCUUGACCAACCCUUUGCGCUCAUCCAGAAAACCAAAACAGAACCAAUACCACCUAACCAAUACCAAAUAAAGCUGAAUCAUGAUGUGCAGCUGCCAAGAAGCCUCAUAUCCCGAAUCACUAGCACUCAACCACUGCAACGCAACCUGACACCUCAUGCUGGUCUCCAUUCACCAAAAACAGCAGAAACAAAUGUGGCCAAAACUCCCGACUCCGCGACUCCGGACUGUCACUCCGUGCCCCCCGGAGCAGGGCUAGCUAGCGGAUCAGCGCGCCGAAACAAUACCCAAAAUAGGCAUGGGAAACCCCCUCUAGCUCCUACACGCAGCUCGCUCCUGUGCUUCCCCAGCUUGCUCGACACUAGGUAUCCAACGUCUUUGCAGCAACUUUCAACUCCGCACCGAGCAAUGAGGCGGAUAAGGUAAGUAAGGUAUGGCACCUCUCGAGAGGCACGGACAGAUGAGCACGGUCGCUCCGCUGCGAGUUGCAGCUUCAGGAUGAGGCAGCAUGACCCGAGGUACGCAAAGCGGAGACAAAAAAAUGAGCAGUUCGAGUCGAGCGCCGGCCAAGGAACAUCCAUCCCACUGUGCUAGGGCGGUAUCUUUUCGGUGGGUGAAAGCCAAAAGUCAAAGGCAGGCCGCAGCACCAUCGCGGAGGAGUGUGUGUGGUCACUCCGUGAGACUGCCACAGCGGCAGCGCAGGGCAGCGGAGCGGAAACAGUCCAUCUGGUUACCCCACGAAAAGCUUUCGUUGGUAUUGGAUAGUGCAACCCUGCGAAGCGAAGCUGCUGUACGGAGUAUGCAGCCUGUGGGAGGUUGGAACUUGGAAAAGCACAUCUGGC